AGGGGAAAGCCUAGCGGUCAGCCGAGCGGAAGGGAUGGGAUUUGGGGCGGAAGUCCCUCCGCCGCUCGGGUCACGUGGGAGGGGCUGAGCUCGCGCGCUGUUGAGUAGCGAGAGUUCCGCGGUCACCGGCUCAAAGCCCAGCGAGCCCGCAGCUGCAGCCCCGCGUGUGACCGUUCCAGGCUCAGGGAGUCAGAGAAAGCAUGGCACUUUGGCGGGCAUACCAGCGGGCUCUGACUGCUCACCCGUGGAAAGUACAGGUCCUGACAGCUGGGUCUCUGAUGGGCCUGGGUGAUGUUAUCUCACAGCAGCUGGUGGAGAGACGAGGUCUGCAGGCACACAAGACUGGCCGGACCCUGACCAUGGUCUCCCUGGGCUGUGGCUUUGUGGGCCCUGUAGUAGGAGGCUGGUACAAGGUUUUGGACCGCCUCAUCCCUGGCACCACCAGGGUGGAUGCACUAAAGAAGAUGCUGUUGGAUCAGGGGGGCUUUGCCCCAUGUUUUCUGGGCUGUUUCCUCUCACUGGUAGGGACACUCAAUGGACUGUCAGCCCAGGACAAUUGGGCCAAACUCCAGCAGGAUUAUCCUGAUGCUCUCAUCACCAACUACUAUCUCUGGCCUGCUGUGCAGUUAGCCAACUUCUACCUGGUCCCUCUUCAUUACAGGUUGGCUGUUGUCCAGUGUGUUGCCGUUAUCUGGAACUCCUACCUGUCCUGGAAGGCACAUCGGCUCUAAGUCUGCCUCACUCCAUCAUUUCAAGCUUGCAGUGACGCAGCUUGACCCUGGAAGGGUCAAACCACCUCCUCAAAGUGGGCACAUUGGUUUUCACAGGGUUUUGUGGCUGGUCAGAACUUAAUGGGGUUAGCACUCUGAAGUGGGCUGUUUCACUCUAAAAUGUAACCUGACUCCUACUGAAAUCACUAAAACCUUUAUAAUGGUCUUAUACCCACCACAUAGUAGGCACUCCAUAAAUACUUGUUGAACUGUAUGAUUUUGUCACUUUCAGUUUACACCCAUAUCCCGGCAAGUACCACUCAUCCCCACUCUUCAUAGACACAUCUGUUUUUCUAACCCUUCCCAGCCCUAGUCUAGCUCCAAUUUUGGGGGAGCCCCUCAAGCUCUUUAUAUGGUGCCUCCAUAAAUGUAUUUCUAAAUAGGUAAUCUGGAACUUGCAGAGGCAAUGAGUAAGACCCAGCAGAAACCAACUGGGGAGUCCCGUUUUCUAGAGUUUGGAAAGAACCUGGAGACCACUAAGCCCAGUCUUUUACAGAUGAGGACACUGAGGUCCACAGAAGUGAGGUGACCUGUCCACACCGUGAGUUACGGGCAGAGUAGAAACUUGAACCCACGUGCUAUAGUUUGAAUGUUUGUAUACUCCCCAAUUUAUAUGAUGAAAACCUAAUGCCCAAGGUGAUGGUAUUAGGAGGUGGGGCCUUUGGGAAGUGAUUAGGUCAUGAGGGCAGAGCGCUCAUGGGAUCAGUACACUUACAAAAGAGGCCAUGUGAUGAGAGAGCAAGAAGGUGCCAUCUGUGAGCCAGAAAGCAGGUCCUCACCAGACACCAAACCUACUGGCACCAUGAUCUUGGACUUCCCAGCCUCCAGAACUGUGAGAAAUAAAUGUUUGUUGUUUAUAAGCCA